GAAACCGAAGAGCUCUUCUUCUUCCUGCUCCUCCUGCUCCUCCUCCUCCCUCCUCAAAAAGUUGCAGAAAGCUAGGGCACAAAAGUCAAGAUUCGAUCUCGCUGCUCUGCUCUGCUCCGCUCCUUUUUUGAGUGGAGAAAAUUUCGAAUUCUGGGGAAGGGCCCGAAUCGAGCGCUGGAUUCGAUCUCUCUCCAUCUCCUCCCGCGCCGUCCCGAUCCGAUUCGCGAUCCAUCCGUUUAAAAUGGCAAGAAUCAAGAAGACUGUGGAGGGAAUCCAGCUCCCAGCUACCCAGGAUUCCUUGUGCAUAUUGGGAUCUGGCACAUUAAAAGCAUCCAAAAUUGGACAAUCUAAGAAGAAGAGGAGCAAGCAUUGCAAUGCAUUUGAAAAGGAGUGGGACCAAGCUACCUGCUCAGUGUGUAUGGAGUACCCUCACAAUGCUGUACUACUGUUAUGUUCUUCCUAUGACAAAGGUUGUCGACCAUACAUGUGUGCAACUGGGCGUCGCUAUUCGAAUUGUCUUGAGCAGUACAAAAAGGCUUACACAAAAGUGACAGAAGUACCAAGCACCCAUGAGGGAAAUGGAUCAACCCCAUGUGCUAGUUUCAAUUGUAGGCAGACCAAUGAAAAGAUAGAAAUCUCUGAGCUUUUGUGCCCACUUUGCCGGGGACAGGUGAAAGGCUGGACAGUGGUGGAACAGGCACGCAAGUAUUUUAACACAAAGAAGAGGACCUGCAUGCAAGAUAAGUGCAUGUUUAGUGGCAGCUAUAAGCAACUAUGUAAGCAUGUAAAAAAGGAGCAUCCAUCAGCACGACCACGGGCUGUGGACCCUUCACACAAGGAGCAGUGGAAGAUGCUCGAGCAGCGAAACGAGAGGGACGAUGUGAUUAGUACAAUUAUGUCAUCAACACCGGGUGCAGUGAUGCUUGGGGAUUAUGUGCUGGAGCCAAACCAUCAGGACUCGUUUUCUGAUUAUGAUUCAGAAGAAUAUUCAGAUAGUGAUAUGUUUCCUUUGGAGUCUUUUGGAAGAAAUUAUAUCUCGCAAGCUCAAAGAAUGUAUGGGAAUGAUUAUGACUCAUUGAGAGGGAAUGAUUAUGACUCAUUCAGGGGGAACGAUAUCAGUUCUUGUCCUUCCUUUCGGUCUGGUCGUAGCUACCGCAGGGUACCAUUGACUAGUCGAUCAAGAAGGCACCGAAGAAAUAGAAUUUUUUAACUGAAGUUGGUGAAGUAUAUUAGAGUAGAGUGGUGAGAAGUGGCAUGAUCUAAGCUUUUCUCUAGUUACUUCCUUACUGAAAAUGCUUUUUUGCGCCAUUGGAUAGGGUUUUAUUCAUUUUGGUAUUACUGGAUCAUUUUGUUCAUAUUAUUGGAUAGGUGGGGCAGCCAAGAAAACCAUUUUUUUAUCUGAAGGAGAAAACCAUUUUUUAUCUGAAGGAUAUUUGUGUGGUGCUUGUUCAUUUGCAUAGUCCGUGGCCAACUAACAGGCUGUAAUUAUUUCUGCCUGGAACCCAGAUUUGCUAGAUGGCUACUACUGUUCUGGUCAUUUAUGUUAUAUGGUCAUUUAUUGAGGUGGUCCUUGGAUUCACAAAGGAUCUUUCACAUUAAUCUAUUUCUUUUUGGUGCAUGGACUUGGAUAUUUUACAGCUUCGAGUUUGUUUUAGAGAUUGAUAUUGACAUUGUACUUGCGAUGAUCUUUGUCUGAGUCAAUCAGAAGAGACAUUGGGCAGGGAAAGCAUAUGAUCGGCAAUUCUGUUCAUAUGAUUGUGACUUGUAAGACUAACUCUUGAAUGCGGACUCAUUCUGUUUACCAAGAGAGUAGGGUCCAUGCUGGUAAUUUAUCAUGCCAAAAACAACCUCGGGGCAUUUUCUAAUAGUCAUAUGUUACUUCUGGUGCGGUAUGGUACCUUUCUGCAUUUAAAACUGCCAUGAUCUGACGGGUUUCAACAGUUGUACUUAGAUGAGUGGCUGUUUAUAAUCUAUGACGAAUUUUUGUUGGUUACAUUGCACGUUGAAGUGCGAAGCCCCAUUGCCUUUUAUAAGUGUUUAGUCGUCAUCCCUAAUUGCCUGAAUGGAUCAAGUGUUUUCGGCAGAUGUGGAGAGUUGCUAGUAGUCAAGCUUGGAUUUAAGUUUAGUUUUUUUUUUCUUGUUCUUUGAUUGGGCUGGUUCAUACAUAUGGCUUCUUAAUUCUCAUUUUCUGUAAAAGGAAGCAAUUGAGUCACAAUAGGAAAGCUGAUUAUUGCAUUAUCCAUAGAAAGAGCUUGUGUAGCUUGUUUUUCUUUGGGGUAGUGAACCAGUGAUUUGACUCCCAACAGGAAUUGCAGGGUUCCUUUAAGAUCCGUCCUCGGUCACUUUACCUAGGAUAGUUGAUGGAAAGAAAAAAAAAAAAGCUGGAUAAAUGGCCAUCGAUCAUGUGAUCUGAAGUACUUUCUUCAUUGUUUGCCUACCUGUUGCUGUUUGAGCCAGGCUUCAUUCAGGUUCCACUGCAGCAGCAUGUGUGACAAGAAUUUGUGCAAACAAAAGGUCGAGAGAUUUCUCAUCUCUAUACGGAGCUGAAUAGAUACAACCAGUCACGGUGCAGAUUGUUAGGCAAACAGAAGAUAGAGCUUGUUUUCAUUGCACUAGUUUCACAUUGGUCUUGUCUGUUCUCGGAGCCUUUUGACUCAUGUUUUGUUCUUAGUAUAGAUUGUUAGGCUUUCUCAAUGUUAUACAGUUGGUCUAUUGGUGGCAUUGGUGGUGUGGCUUCCAACAUGCUACCGGAUCAGUUUGUUAUGGUAAGAUUGAUGGGUGUAUUGAAAGUUUAAUGAUCUCUACCUUUGCAAUUUGUCUAAAUCAGGUAUGCUAGCUAUUUCAUGCACUCAAAACUAUACGAACAUUGAUUAACUAGCGUUCUAUAUGACUAGUGGUCUCACCAAUCACUAUCACUACACUUUUAAGUGAGUAUUGUACAUUCACGGUUCUCAUGUAUACUCUUGACCAGACAGGAUCAGAGUAACUGCUCGAACGUCAUGAGUGAAUGCUACUCACAUGGGCACAUCUAGUGGUCCUCAGAACAAGAAGCCACAGCUCCAAAAAUCUUCAUGAGGGCCGACUUGAAAUCUGGCUUUUGUCCAAAGUAAGGUUCCCCAGCAAGAACUGGAAGAGAGAGGCUAGCAGCUUCUCUGCUAUUUAGGUGGGAUUGGCAUCGUCUGGAAUCAGUUGUUUAUCUAUAAAUCCAUAACGUUUUGGAGCGAAUCACACACCACCGUAUAGUCUUGUAUUUUGACUGGAAGAAGAGAUAGCUAAGUUGCCCCCUUAAUCUGUGAGACUUCUGUUGUUGCUUUGGGAAAGAACCCUUUUUGUCCUGGACUUUGAAAGGAUAUGGGUUGACCUCUGGUCGAGUAACGCUUGCAGCUCCCUUCAGGCACUCGACACAAGCUUGAUUCUCCUGCAAUCUGGAUUUCUAGAGAGAGAGGGUCACAAAGUUCACGGCAUGGGGGGUGGCGAAUAGGGAAGGAGAGGAGACGAUGGCCUCUAGGAGAAGCAGGGAGUGGUCUUGGUUUUUGGGCGUCUUCCUUCUCUCUCAACUGAACUCAGAACCGCCCGCCUGUUUCUCUCUUGGCCAUUGGAGUCCCCCCUGGGACGCUUCCAACAUCGAACGCCAUUUAUCUCUCUCUAUCUGUCCGAAAGUCAUUAUGUAAGUCCAUGGAUGAACGUAUGCACUGCAUUUGGCUUCCUGAUAUACUUCAAGAAAAAAACGAGUGUUCUUCCUGCCAAA